GAGAGAGAGAGAGAGAGAGAGUGGGGAAGAAAGAUUUCUUCUUUGCUCACAGACCUGUCAAGUUUUUCAUUUUUUUUUGCCCUUUAAUCUUUUUCCCUGUAUUUGCUCAUUGUUGCAAGGGUUAUCGAUUGCUCUUACCUGAUUUCUGAUUGUGGGCUUUUGUUAUUCUUUUGUGGGUUGACGAGUGAGUUGCACAGGAGGUGAAAGAGGAAAAAAGGAGAGAUUUUUACAUUAUACAUAAUAAAAAAAAAGAGAUCUUUGUUUUUUAUCUGUUUGAAAGAAUCUCCAUUUGGGAGUUUAAUUUUUGAUUGCCGACUGGAUUUGGUGAAGUAAAAUGAAUAUGAUGCGCAGGCUGAAGAGCAUUGCUUCUGGCCGCUCGUCGGUUUCAGAUCCUGGUGGGGAUUCUUGCGUUAAACGGGCAAAGGUCGAGGAAGAAUUAGACCAGAGUUUUGUAUAUGAAGUGGAGAUUGGAGAAAAAGAAAAUAACUCGAGAACUCGGGAUGUAAAUAUGGAGACUAACCCAACUGGAGCUGUUGCUAGCACAUCUGACGUACACGAGCUUCCAAAGGAAAUGAACGAGAUGAAAAUUAGAGAGGAUAAAACUGAUGAUCAUGAGGAUACAGCUAAGACAAUGUCUUAUAUGGCAGAGCGUGUUGUUGGGACUGGUUCGUUCGGAGUUGUAUACCAGGCUAAGUGCCUUGAAACAGGCGAAUCGGUUGCUAUAAAGAAAGUUCUACAGGAUAGAAGGUAUAAAAACAGAGAACUUCAGAUCAUGCGCUUGCUUAAUCAUCCGAACGUUAUUCAGCUUAAGCACUAUUUUCAUUCAACUACCGAAAACAACGAGGUGUACCUUAACCUCGUGCUCGAGUAUGUAUCGGAAACUGUUCAUCGUGCGUCAAGGCAUUAUACUCGAGCGAACCAAUACAUGCCCGUUAUAUAUGUGCAGCUUUAUACUUACCAGAUAUGCCGAGCUUUGAAUUAUAUGCAUAGAGUUAUUGGCGUAUGUCAUCGGGACAUUAAACCCCAGAAUCUUCUGGUAAAUCCUCACACACAUCAGCUAAAGCUGUGUGAUUUGGGCAGUGCAAAAAUGCUGGUACCUGGCGAACCAAACAUCUCGUAUAUUUGCUCUCGUUAUUACAGAGCUCCCGAACUAAUAUUUGGGGCCACAGAGUAUACAACUGCAAUUGAUAUGUGGUCGGUUGGUUGUGUUAUGGCCGAGCUACUUCUUGGACGUCCUUUAUUUCCUGGUGAAAGCAGUGUUGAUCAGCUAGUUGAAAUAAUUAAGGUUUUGGGGACACCGACUCGAGAGGAAAUCAAGUGCAUGAACCCGAAUUAUAGUGAAUUUAAGUUCCCUCAGAUUAAAGCCCACCCUUGGCACAAGGUAUUUCAUAAGAGAAUGCCACCUGAAGCAGUGGAUUUGGUCUCAAGGCUACUCCAAUAUUCACCGACUUUACGAUUUUCUGCAUUGGAGGCUUGUGCACACCCGUUUUUCGAUGACUUGAGAGAACCUAAUGCAUGCUUACCAAACGGCCGGCCGUUACCUACACUUUUCAAUUUUGCAGCUGAAGAACUGGCUGGUGCAUCUUCGGAACUUCUAAAGCGGCUAAUUCCAGAUCAUUGCAAGCAGUGAAUUUUACUCCGUUUGCUUUUUUUACGAACGGGGCAAUCUGAACCGUUCUUGCCGUAAAAAAAGUAAAUCGGUGGUGAAAGAGUUGUUCUGCAAAUCUUGAUUAGUGAGUGAAUGAGAUGAUUUUGUUGUACAUUUUGCCUCUGGUGACAAAAAAUGAAAGAGGAUAAAAUGGAUAAAAAGGACUUGAAGUUUUUAUGGGUUGUUGUGUAUAUGCCUUUUUCAGAUAGAAAUUUUUAGAUGUUGUUCAGUUUGUAGAGAUGUCCAUAUGUCCAAAUGGAAGCUUACAAACUGGAAUUUUUAGAGAAGAUAAUUUAGUUUGACCUUUUGUAUGUUCAUUUUCUCCACUAUCUUAAAUAGUAUGUUAAGUUAUGCUUUCAUUAAUUUGGUCCAUUUUACCUAUUUAUUAUUUAUUUUGGAUUCAAUGCAUUGGGUGGAUGAGUGUGCAACCCAAUCGAACCAAGCGUUUUGUGCUCGUGUUCUUUUGUGUUUGAAAAUUCUUGGUGUUCGUUCAUUAUUCAAGGUGAAAUUCGUG